AUGGGUAAUAAUUGUUGUUCUGUGACUAAUCCUGUAUCACAAGGGCAAGAAGAGAUUAUAUGUUUGAAAUAAUAAGGCAGUCUCAGAAAAUCGAUGGAAGGCUCUCUAUAAAUGGCAAACUUUUCAGAAUUGAUAUAAGAACAUUGCUAAUAAUACACAUAUUAGGAUGGAGACAUUAUAUUAUCUUCUCGUCCAGCAUCUCCUCGCUAAUAACAUGUGAUUACAUACUUAGAACCUAAAAUUGUGUCUGAAGAAGAAAUUAAAUUUUAGAAAGAUGGCUUAAAAGGAAUAUUAAGUGCAAGAACAAAUGACUAAAAUCCUGAUUCAUCAUUUAGUUUUAUAAAUUUUAAAGAAAAACAUUAAAAGAAGGUAUAAUUCAAAGAAUGA